AGGCACCGUAACCGACACGGGCACGCCAACGCCUGCAAUCAAUUAAUCUACUUCGCAAAUUAGGGAACAAACAACAACGGAAUCAAUCGCCCCUCGAAUUUGAUCGCCCAACCUUUCUAAAGUUUCUUUCUUUCUUUCUUUUGGUUUUUUUUUUUGUUUUUUGUUUCUUUCUCUUCUUUCCCUUUUGGAGUUUGCUUAUUAUAUAUCUCCUCAUUUGGAAACCCUAGAAGACCAAACCAGAGAGAGAGCAUAGCGGUCGGCUGCGCAAAGAGGGACAAUGGUGUUCUACUUCAAAGCCCGACCCGAGGCCGGCGACUACACCAUCUUCAUGGGCCUCGACAAGUUCGAGAACGAGGAGCUCAUCAAAUACGGUUUCCCCGAAGACAUCUGGUUUCAUGUUGAUAAAAUGUCUUCGGCUCAUGUUUACGUGAGAUUGCACAAGGGUCAGACAAUUGAUGAUAUGUCCGAAGGUCUUUUGGAAGAUUGUGCUCAACUAGUCAAAGCGAACUCCAUCCAAGGAAAUAAGGUGAAUAAUGUCGAUGUUGUUUACACGCCAUGGCAUAACUUGAAGAAGACAGCUUCCAUGGAUGUCGGCCAAGUUGGUUUUCACAACUCAAAAAUGGUUCGCACUGUGAGAGUGGAGAAGCGAAUAAAUGAGAUAGUUAAUAGAUUGAACCGGACGAAGGUUGAAAGGAAGCCAGACUUGAAAGCUGAGCGAGAAGCAGUUAAUGCAGCAGAAAGAGCGGAGAGAAAGCAACAGCUGAGAGAUAAAAAACGGCGAGAGGAGAUGGAGAGGCUUGAAAAGGAGAGACAAGCAGAGGUUAGAAGCUACAAGAACUUGAUGGUAGCUGAAAAGAUGACAUCUAACAAAGAGAUAGCUUCAGCCAAUAAGUCCUUACAAGAACUGGAAGAGGACUUCAUGUAAGAUGGUAUAGAUUCAACUCUUGAAUACCUUUCACCUUAUUACAGGAAUCAAGAUAUCUUUCUCCCACAAAUGUAAGGGUAUGGGGAUGUCUCUUCAUUAUUCUGUUUUAUGGUCUUAGGCAAAAAUGUACUCUAUGGUGAGAUGAAUUUGAUAUAGAACGAACCUCUUUCAUGAAUAAGAAGUAAAAGACUUGUAAUUUACAAUGAAGGUGUACUUUGUUUUGUAUCAACAGAUUGGUGCAAUUUAUGAUGAUGAUGAUGAUAAACAUGAGCUACAUUUUUUGUU